AUGGACCCUCCCCUCCUCACCUCCCCACUCUUGCUACCAUUCUGGCUUGCCGUCCCCUCCUUGCCGUCCCCUCCUUGCCGUCCCCUCCUUGCCGUCCCCUCCUUGCCGUCCCCUCCUUGCCGUCCCCUCCUUGCCGUGCCCUCCUUGCCGUCCCCUCCUUGCCGUCCCCUCCUUGCCGUCCCCUCCUUGCCGUCCCCUCCUUGCCGUCCCCUCCUUGCCGUCCCCUCCUUGCCGUCCCCUCCUUGCCCCGCCCCACCAGGUCAAAGAUUCAUCUCCCCAGCUUACCGUUUCAAUGAUGACGGGGAGCCGGGAGGAACAGCCGGGCGGCCGAUUUUGGCAGCUAUUGAGGGGGCUGGGGUGGAUGGUGUCAUGGUGGUGGUAACCAGGUAA